AUGGAGCUCAAGCAUGACAUUAAUCUUGCUGUCAAGUACAGCUGUAACAAGUGUGAGCAGCUCUUCUGCAGUCACCAGGAUCUCAGGCAGCACCAGCUCACUGCCCACAGUGAUGAGAGGUUUUUCUGUGUGUUCUGUGACAAACGGUUUAAGCAACAGAAGGACAUAAGCAAUCACAGACAGAGAGUGCAUGGAAAGAGGCAGGAUCCCCAGGCAUGCCCAUACUGUGACAAAGUCAUCAGUUCCAACUGUGGCCUGGCAGCCCAUAUGCGAACACACACAGAAGAGAAAACUUAUAAAUGUGACCCGUGCCCUGCAAGCUUCGUUCAGAGGUCUGCUUGCAAUAGUCAUGUAAGAAAAGAUCCAUGAAUCUGGGCAAGAAAGGAAACUUUUACCAAUCUAUUGGAUGGUAGUUCCACCUGCAUGUAGACCAACUGCAACAAACUGUGAAAAAGACACUAACAGAGAGACGUGGGAUAGGGCACUGGAGGCUGGACUACGAAGGUGUGUAAAGCACAGGGAGGCCACCAGUUGUGGGGAAGAACCUUCAGGUUCAUCUGUCACCCAAACAGAUUGUAGCAAUGCUCAAGAAGAGA